UAAAAUAAAUAUAUUUAUAUUUAAAAUGAAAAGAUAUCAAAAGAUAUUAUGAUUAAAAUAUUUUAAAAUUCUGAACUAAAAUGUAAUAUGAAUUUCUAUGAAUAGGUCUAUUAGGUCCAUUUUUAAAAAAAUCACACAUGAAUCAAGAUUGUGACUUCUGUUUUAAUAUAUAAGAUGUACUUACAUAAAAGGAUUCUUACUUAAUGAAAUUGCAAUAGUUUUUUUUUUUCCUUUUGUAUGUUUUAAUGAUAUUUUCUCACUAAACCAUAUAUAUAUAUAUAUAUAUCAGUUACAAAUAGAAAUAUCGAAUUAAUGACACAAGCAAACAUAAACUGAUUCCUCUCUAGAUUGUGGCCGGACUAUCAGAUUUAGGAUAAUUUUUCAGGUAUACAGAAGAGUUUAUACUUUUGAUACAAAACACUAUAUAACAGAUUUACUUUAGAUCUAUCCUCCUGGUUGAUUUAUUAUUGAAACUAUGAUUUAAGACACCAAAAGUUCGUUGUCAGAAAAAAAUGUAAAGAACUCUGACAGAGACCCUACACGUGAUAAAUUAUCGAAUUUUAUUUUAAUCUUCUUUAAUAAUGGAACCAAAAAGUAUGAAAUGAUAGUCAUAUAUUUGGAUUUAGAGCAAUAAUACUAAUCCUAGUGUAAACAUGAAGCUAUGGAAAUUCCAAAUUUAUGGUAUUGUUAAUGAUAGAAACCUAACAUACACCUUGAUUUAAGUUUGUCAUUGUAUGCUGCCUAGUUUUCUUAUCAUCCAUCUUAAUUUGUUUUGGGAAAUUAAAACAUAUUUUGUAUGUUGCCCUAAAAUGACAUAUUCACUUGAAUAUUAUAGCAAACUCAACUAUAUAAUAAAUAUUAUUGACUGAAACCAAUGCAGUCGUUCACAACAAGAAGUUAUGAAUGCCCCCAACAAUUGACAACCAACAAGUAUUUGAUCAAAAAAAAAAAAAAAAAAAAAAACAAAACAAGUAUUUGAUCACACUCAAAAUAUAUACCUUAUUUUCUAUUUUAGUUAUAAACUAAGACUUCUUAAAACAUGCAAACAUGUUAAACUUAGAUGGAUUAAGUCUAACAAGCUAUAAUAUUCUGUAAAAUUAGACACAUAAGUAUGUAUAGGGCGAUUCCUCCAUUAUAUUAAAAUCCAGCUUUCCACACACAUAAAAUAUACAUUUCACAAAAAAAGUACUCAUUAAGAAGAAAGAUGAAAAGGAUUGGUCCUGCUCUAAUCGAGAGUUAAAUUAAACUAAUUAAAAAAUCCGCAAUUUAAGGAUUCGUGUCCCCAUCCAUCUAAUAUCUCCACAUUCUCGUCCUUCUUCGAACUCGUAAGAAUAACAUUAUCCCUAAUCCUCAACACCGUCCAUUUUUGGCGCGAGAGCAAAAAAAAAACAAAAAAAAAAAAAACAGAAGAAACAUGUUUGUAAAGAUCAACUCCACGUGUUGGUCGCCUACAGUUCCACGUAGCAACUAUGAGGAUGACAUGAUACAUGGGUGGGCUAGUCACAUACUCCCUCUGUUUCAAAAUAGUUGAUGUUUUGGUUCAAUGCACAAGAAUUAAGAAAUACACUUUUACCUAAAAAAAUAGCAUUUAAAAUAUAAACUAAAACAAAUUCAACCAAUUAUGAAGAAAACUAUAAAACAUCAUUGGUCACACAGUUUUCAAUAAAGCUAAAACUAAUAUAAAAUAUCAAAACAUCAAGUAUUUUGAAACAUCUAAAACUCUCCAAAACAUCAUCUAUUUUGAAACGGAGGAAGUAUUUAUAUAGCAAGUAGCAAGUAGCAACUAGCAACUAGCAACUAGCAACCUAUUAGCAACUACGGGGACGGGACAAGAGCCUCCGGGCGCCGCUCAGAUCGUGGGACUACAUAAGUUCAUAACAUAAAAUGGCUUAGCUGUUGUCUUUCUUAUUUAAAAAUCUAAAAGGCCCUUUAAACAAAUAAUUCUGAUUGCUAUUAUUUUUUCUUAAGUACAGUAGCUGAUGUUUUUUGUAUUAUAGAAAAUGGGAUUGGUUUUCGACAACUAAUUCUGUGCCAUUACAGUUGUUGUCCGCUCCAUUUAAUUGGUGAAAAAUGGGGUUUUAUUCAUUUUUAAUACAUAGUGUCGUCCGUCUUUAUGGUUUCUCCUUUCACAAAAUUCAAAUUAUUGAUCAUACUUCCCAACUGAAACUGAACUGAAGAAUAUAGUUUCAGAUUAAUACAAAAAUAUUGUAGUAUGUUCGUUGCAUUGUGGUACAUGUGCUACCUUUGAUAUGCAUAAAACAUGAAUGCCCUGAACCAAUAAUUCAAAUAUUUGUGUACGUUCGUCAAACAUCGACAUUCCAUGUAGACUAUAUAGAACCACAUGCAUUAUAAAUUUAAUUAUUUCAGAGAAGAGGUAAAAAAGAAGUAAAUCAUUCAUUCAUUUUCUGUGUAUUGAUAGCUACGGAAAAAAAAAAAGAAAUGAUCAUUAACCUUUGAAUUUCACGUCCAACAGUACAAAAGUUUGGAGUCUUCAUCAAACCAUAUCACGGACCUCGUUAUUGUUAUUCUAAAGUGAGAGUUAUUAUAAUCAUCCGAUAUAUUUCUGAAAGCGUCACACAGUACACAUACCCCUUUUUUUUUUUGCUAAAUGUAAAUAUCAUAUUGAGAUAAUUGUUAUACGUAGCUAGAUAGCAGCCAUUAUACAACGCUUGUUACCCAGGCAAAACAGUGAAAAAAACAAGGUCACAAGAGAACAAAUUUUACCAGAUUUCAGCAGGUUUAAACUGACACUUUGUUAUACUCUACUUAUAUAUAGUUAUAAAGAGUACAUCAUUGCCAUGCACAUGUAAAUGUAAAUGUAACCUAAUUCGUGUUAGUUGAUAGUUCCAUCAUUAUUACUAAUUUACUACCAUAUGGUUGCAUGGUGAAUGAACCAAAAAAAAAAACAAAUCGAGUUGCUUUGUGUAGAAGACCUUAUAACUGAACUGAUUAGUUGUCUCUUGGCCGUCUAGUUGAAAAACCAAUCUACAAUCGUAGAGACUAGUCUCAUUUAUAUAAAAACCGGUUAGUCCAUUGGUUCGGUUUAUCAAAGAAUCGGCCAAAUUAUGAAUCCAAACCGGUUAAUGAUCGUUAGUUAUUGCCGCGCAAGUUCUUGUUACUUUUCUCGAAACAUUUAAAAAGGUAGGGUCCUUGAUUUCACCGGAGCGUGACGUCAACGCGCAGCCUCGUAAAAAACAGAGAGAUGUGGAAAUUGUGAGACGGGAUCGAAACGUGUCGAAUUCUCUGUACUCUGAUUCGGUCCUGAGAAAGUAAACCAACGUGCACAGAGUAACGAGCGAGAAAGAGAGAGAAGAGAAAGAGAAAGAGUUUCGCCAUUAGAAUAGUAGAGAGCGAAUAUAAUAUACAUUGACCUCUCUGUCUCUUGAGCAAGAAGCACAUGCUCCUUGGAGUUUUUUUUCUUUCUUCUCUCUAUCAUCUCCGUAAAAUAGCAUUUGUUUUUUUUGCUCCUAUCUUUCAUAAUUCACAUGCACCUCUCUCUCUUCCCAAUGCCAAUCUGAAGUUUUAUUUACUCUACUCAAAGACGACGCCGACUCUCUUCAGAUCUACUCAUUCAUCUUCCUCUUCCUCUCUUCAUUCUCCAGCAUAAGGUAAAACUUCUGAUCCAAUUCAUUUCAAUCAAAAUUGUUUUUUCUUUUUCUUCAUAUCAUUCUGUUUCCACCUUUGACUCCAUCCAUUUCAUGAUUCUGUUAAUACACACAUGAUGAUCCAAUUAAUAACGUUUCAUCCUUUCUUUAAAUUUGAUUCUCAGUUUUUUUUUUCUUUUCAAUUAGCUAAUAUUUUCAUGUAAUAAUAUUAAAUCUAUGAUCUUAUUAGUGAAUCUAUGAUCUUCAAUCUGAAAAAAAAAAAACUGAUCCAGAUUUUUUCUUGGUGACUCUCAAAAAACUUUCAUCUUUCCCAAAGCUCACCUUUUUUUAUUUAACUGUAAUUUAAAAGUUUCCCGCUAAUUACUUCAAUCCCUAUUGGUCCACAUACUUUAGUCCUUUUUCAGACAGAGAUACAUUGUUCUGACUUGUAAUCUCCUCUGUGUCUGAAUUGUAGUGAAUAUAGUUUUUUUUUGUUGCUAUAUGAAGAGAAACGCUCAUUAAAUGGUCUGCGAGAUGGAGACUGAUCAUCAGACCGAAGAGAUGGACGUCGAAGUCUUAUCUUCCAUGUGGCCUGAAGACGUCGGAGGAACCGAACCAGACAACCAGUUCAACGUCGAGAAACCCGCAGGAGAUUCCGACACCUUAAAAGAAGUCGAAUUCGCCGAGAAACGCACCAUGGCGGAUCUAAAACGUUUACCUGACCUCCUGAACACAACAGACCAAGGCUCCUCUCAGCUCACCAACCUCGUGAAGCAAUGGGAGUAUAUGCAGGACCACGCGGUUAGACUAUUGCGAGAAGAGCUCAAGAUUUUGACUAAGCAAAGAGAAGAAGCCGAGGCCAAGGAGCUUAAGAUCAUAGAGGAGCACAACUUCGAGACCGAGGAGCCUGAGAAUGUUCCGGUUUUGGACGAGAGCAGCGAUCUGUUCCGCAGGUUUAAGGAGAAGAAGAGGGAUAAGUUGGUCGGUAGGAAGAGGAUUGAGAUCGAUGAGGAGUUUGAUACUGUUGCGUACUGGAAACAGAAGGCGUUGAGCUUGGAGAAGAUGCUUGAGGCGAGUACCGAGAGAGAGAGGAGGUUGAUUGAGAAGCUUAACGAGAGUUUGAAGACUAUGGAGAGUCACUCGGCACCGGUUGAAGAGUUGACUCAGAAUCUUAAAAGAGCUGAAGGGUUCUUGCAUUUUAUUCUUCAGAAUGCUCCUAUUGUUAUGGGUCAUCAGGAUAAAGAUCUACGCUACUUGUUCAUCUACAAUAAGUUUCCUACACUACGAGAACAUGACAUAUUGGGGAAAACAGACGUUGAGAUAUUCCAUGGAGGUGGAGUUAAAGAAUCCGAAGAUUUCAAGAGAGAAGUUCUUGAAAAAGGAAAAGCUUCAAAGAGAGAGAUCACAUUCGAGACAGACUUGUUUGGUUCAAAGACUUUUUUGAUAUACGUUGAGCCUGUUUACAACAAAGCUCGCGAGAAAAUCGGUAUAAACUACAUGGGAAUGGAAGUAACUGAUCAGGUGAGGAAGAGAGAAAAAAUGGCUAAACUUAGAGAAGACAACGCGGUGAGAAAGGCAAUGGAAUCAGAACUGACCAAGACCAUUCACAUUACUGAGGAGACAAUGAGAGCUAAGCAGAUGCUGGCGACGAUGUCUCAUGAGAUAAGAUCACCAUUGUCAGGAGUAGUGGGGAUGGCUGAGAUACUUUCUACUACAAAGCUGGAUAAAGAGCAGAGACAGUUGUUGAAUGUCAUGAUCUCUUCUGGUGAUUUGGUGCUUCAGUUGAUUAAUGAUAUUCUUGAUCUCUCCAAGGUUGAAUCAGGUGUGAUGAAGUUAGAAGCUACCAAGUUUAGGCCAAGAGAAGUAGUGAAGCAUGUGCUUCAGACAGCUGCUGCAUCUCUGAAGAAAGAACUGACAUUAGAAGGGAACAUUGCAGAUGAAGUCCCUAUCUUGGUAGUUGGAGAUGUUCUAAGGAUCCGGCAGAUUCUCACCAACUUGAUCAGCAAUGCUAUCAAGUUUACACAUCAAGGAAAGGUUGGCAUCAAACUCAAAGUGAUACCAGAACCAUCCUUUGCAAGUGGUUUGGAGUUAAACGCAGACGCUGAAGAACAAAACGGUUUGACUGAGACUGAGACUUCGGUUUGGAUUCGCUGCGAUGUUUAUGACACUGGAAUUGGAAUCCCGGAAAAUGCUCUUCCUUGUUUGUUCAAGAAGUACAUGCAAGCAAGCGCUGAUCAUGCCAGAAAAUACGGUGGAACUGGUCUCGGUCUCGCCAUUUGUAAACAGCUGGUAGAGCUAAUGGGAGGUCAACUUACUGUGACGAGCCAAGUCGACUUAGGUUCAACGUUCACGUUCAUAUUACCCUAUAAAGUUGCAACAUCGAAUGACCAUUCGGAUGAUCAAGAUGAGUUCUCUGAUAUGGUGGAUCAUCAACCCGAACCAGACGACUCAACCGAAGGAUACUUCCAGUUUAAACCGCUUCUAGGAUCUAUAUACUCUAAUGGCGGACCGGUCAUUGGCAAUAACUUCUUACCUCAUAAAGUUAUGCUCCCUAGUCCUGUUAAGCUCAUCAACGGUCAAAGCGAGGCUGUUCAGGUUGAAAACGGUGGUUAUAUGGAUGGACCAAGACAUGAAACCCGGUCUGGUCACUGUCCUGAAUCACCUCAUCAAUAUGAGAAUGGGAAUGGUCCAUGUCCCUCUAAGGAAAGCGAGUCUUGUAGCAGUUCACAAGCUAGCUCAGAAAUGGAGUCAGAGUUUACAGUUUCAUCUCCUAGGGAAGAGAAGAAAACUGAGACAGAGGUCAAAAAGACAUCAAAGCAGCCAAAGAUUUUGCUUGUGGAAGAUAAUAAAAUAAACAUCAUGGUUGCAAAGUCGAUGAUGAAACAAUUAGGCUAUACCUUUGAUAUUGCUAAUAAUGGAGUUGAAGCUAUAACUGCUAUUAACGGUUCUAGCUACGAUUUGGUACUCAUGGAUGUGUGCAUGCCUGUACUGGAUGGUUUAAAAGCUACAAGACUGAUCCGUUCGUACGAACAAUCUGGGAACUGGGAUGCUGCAGUAGAAGCUGGAGUAGACAUCAAGACACUGGAGGAUAAGCAACUCUGUGUGCGUUCCACAAACCGGCUGCCUAUAAUCGCGAUGACGGCAAAUACAUUAUCAGAGAGCUCAGAAGAAUGUUAUGCAAAUGGUAUGGACUCUUUUAUUUCGAAACCUGUAACGUUGCAGAAACUAAAAGAGUGUCUAAAACAGUAUCUGCAUUGAGAGAUUUCAGAGUUUGGUAGUAUGUGCGUGCUGUGUAUAAAAUGUGUAGGGAAAAGUUUUGGAGAGCUAUACAAAGUGUAGCUUGCUCUCUUAGAGAUGUAUAGUAUCAAUAAAAAGCUUUGUCUUCUUUAUU